GACGGAAGGAGCUUUGGCGCAAGUAUGGCACCUAUCGCAGUCUCGACGAACGGCACAAACGGCACACAUCGUGAGUGUCUAUGCUCGGCGCAUGGACCUCGAGGGGCACGCCUGUUGCUCGGCAGCGCGAGCAGUUGGGAGCAGACAGCAGCUGACCUCGAGGUCUGCCCGCUCUGCCAAGAAAGCUAACGCAGGAAAGCGCAGUCAAGGAGAUCAAGAUGAACAACGGCAAUGCAACGACGCAAGACAAGCCGUUCCAUGCUAAGCAUCCCUUGACGAGCGCCCAGUGUGUCACACUCGAGAACGAAUAUGGCGCACACAACUAUCAUCCUCUGCCUGUGGUCUUUGCUCGGGCCAAGGGCGCCAAAGUCUGGGACCCAGAAGGCAACGAGUACAUCGAUUUUCUGUCUGCCUACUCUGCCGUCAACCAAGGGCACUGUCAUCCUCGUAUCCUGGCUGCAUUGGUCGAACAGGCCGGCAAGCUCACCCUCAGCUCUCGCGCUUUCCACGCAGAGGGACUCGGCGCGUUUGCAGAGAAAGUCACCAAGCUGCUCGGAUAUGAGAUGGUUCUGCCCAUGAACACGGGCGUCGAAGCCGUCGAGACUGCACUCAAGCUCGCCAAAAAGUGGGCUUACAAGAAAAAGGGCGUCCAGCCAGGCAAGGCCAUCAUUCUCUCUGUCACGGAGAACUUCCAUGGGCGCACAAUGGGCGUCAUCAGCAUGUCUACUGACCCAGAGGCACGCAAUGAUUUCGGACCCUUCCUACCGUCUAUCGGUCCUUGCUGCCCCGUCAAAUCAAGCGAGCGCACGAUAAGAUAUAACAACAUCCCGGAUCUCGAACGCGCACUCGACGCACACGGCAAAGACGUCGCUGCUUUCCUCGUCGAACCCAUCCAAGGCGAAGCAGGCAUCGUCGUGCCAGACUAUGACUAUCUCGAGAAGGCACAGGCCCUCUGCCGAAAGCACAACGUCCUGCUCAUCUGUGACGAGAUCCAGACCGGUCUCGGACGGACGGGCAAGCUGCUCGCAUCAACACACAACCCAAAUGUCAAGGCAGACAUCAUCACCCUCGGCAAAGCGCUCAGUGGCGGCUUCUACCCCGUCUCUGCCGUGCUGAGCUCACGCGAGAUCAUGCUCUGUAUCCAGCCGGGCGAGCAUGGAUCGACCUACGGGGGAAACCCACUCGCUUGCGCAGUCGCAUCGGAAGCGCUCGACGUUCUCGUGGACGAGAAGAUGUCUGAGCGUGCUGCCGAGCUCGGCGAGACUUUCCGUGCGCAACUCAGGGAGAUCGCCAACUCGAAAGGUCCCGAAGGCGGUUGGAUCACCGAGGUUCGAGGCAGAGGCCUGUUGAAUGCCGUCGUCAUUGACGAAUCAAAGAGCAAGCGUGGUAGGGGAGCAUGGCAGCUCUGCCUUCUCAUGAAAUCAAAAGGCGUCCUCGCCAAGCCCACCCAUCGCAACAUCAUCCGAUUCGCUCCCCCGCUUGUCAUCUCAGCCGAAGAGCUCACUGCAGGUGUCAACGCCAUUCGCGAAUCUCUCGUCGAGCUAGACACGAUUGACGUCAUUCCGGGUAACGACGAAGAGGAAUCACACAAUCAACAGAUCCUAGACGACUAGACUGUCAAGCUCAUCAGAGGGAGGUGUAUAUCAGUCUUAUCGGGCACACAAUCAUGUCAAAAGCCUAAUGCAUCCAUUCUGUUCACUCGGUGCUUGUCCGAGAUGAUCAUGAUGAUUCAAACACUAUCGGCGCUCAGAGCACACACUCGCACAAACGAGUCCAAGUUCAUGCAUGCACAGAUGCCAGUCCAUUCAGUCCGUUCUUUCCAUGUCGUCGCUGUCGAUCCCCUCUGUAUAUUGCAUAUUCACUGAGCCGAGUCCAUGGUAGAUGAUGAUGCGUCCGAGCU